AGUAAGACGACACGGCCAGACACGGCAGAGGACAGAUGUUGUUGCGGCCCGUUGCGGUCUCUUUUUCGAGGUUUUUAAUUGUUCUCCAUUGGGGAUCGACGGCUUUUUGAGAGGUCAACGCACGUGAAACGGGAGCUUCGAGGGGGGAAGAAUUAUUCGCCAUUUUGGGGAAAUUUGCGAAACAGAGGACGUGAUUGCGACGGUUCGAGAGGGUCAAAGAGCCAAAAAAAAAUGUCAGACUCUCUUCGUUUUGACGGGAAAGUCGUCGUGGUAACGGGUGCGGGCGCGGGUUUGGGUCGAGCUUACGCCCUCCUCUUCGCAUCCCGAGGUGCCAAGGUAGUGGUGAAUGACCUCGGUGGAGGGCGUGACGGGGAUGGUAGCAGUACCAAAGCAGCUGACACAGUAGUCACCGAGAUCACCUCGGCUGGUGGUGUGGCAGUCCCGAACUACGACUCGGUCCUCGAUGGCCAGAAGAUCAUUCAAACGGCAAUCGCCAACUUCGGACGGAUCGACAUCCUGAUAAACAACGCAGGAAUCCUGCGAGACAGAUCCUUCCUGAAGAUGACGGACCAGGACUGGGAUCUCAUCCACGAUGUGCACGUCAAGGGCUCCAUGCUGACGACCCGAGCAGCCUGGCCUCACUUUCGGAGACAGAAGUACGGAAGAGUCAUCUUCACGUCUUCCAACAGUGGAAUGUACGGGAAUUUUGGACAGCCAAAUUACUCGGCUGCUAAGAUGGCUCUUGUGGGGCUGUCCAACACUUUGGCUAUCGAGGGAAGCUCUGCAAACAUCAAGACUAAUGUGAUCAUACCAACCGCUGGAUCAAGACUGACCGAGGACAUUCUCCCCCCUGAACUCUUCAACGAGCUCAAGCCUGAGUUCAUAGCUCCUGUUGUGAUGUGGCUGUGCCACGAGGACUGCAACGAGACUGGAGCCAUAAUCGAGUCUGCUUUGGGCUGGGCCGGCAAGUGCCACCUCAUAAGGGGAAAUGGAGCGGUCUUGAGGAAGAGUCUGAAGGACUCAGUCACCCCUGAGGACGUUAGGAACAAUUGGGCAACCGUUGUGAAUAUGGAGGGGGCCAAACGUUGCGAGACCAUUGGGGAAGCCACUGGGGAACUGAUGAACGUCAUGGAGGUGUUGGGCACCAACAAGAGUGAUGCCGAUGGAGACAAGUCUGGGGUCAUGGAUUAUUCCAUGAAAAAUCAGUAUGAUUUUAAACAGGUGAUCCUCUAUGCCUUGAGUGUGGGGGCGAAGCUCAAGGACCCCAUGGACUUCAGGUAUCUUUACGAGAAUCAUUCGGAUUUCGCGGUGGUUCCCUGUUAUUACGUGGUUUUUGGACCUGCGACGCUUAUGGAGACGGAUAUCAUUGAGAAAGCUUUUAAGGGGAGGUCUGUCAACCUUGCGGGGAUUGUCCAUGGAGAGCAGUAUAUGAAAAUUUUGCAGAAGAUACCGACGGAAGCUGUGAUCGAAACCAAGUGCAAGGUGCUAGACGUCCUGGACAAAGGAAGGAACGCGGUUCUCUUGAUCGAACACGAGACCUUCAACUCUGAGACCGGAGAGAAACUCACAACAGGUCGUAUAUCAGCAAUUGCCAGAGGAGCUGGAGGUUUCGGAGGCCCGAAGCAGUCUCACAACGAAAUUCCAGGUGUGGAGGCACCGAAACGAGCCCCAGAUGCUUCGUACUCUGAACAAACCAGUACUGAACAAGCUGCGUUGUACAGAUUGAGCUCUGGUGACUUGAAUCCACUUCAUGUGGACCCGAGUAUUGCAGAAAUGGGGGGAUUUAAGGAGCCCAUACUUCAUGGACUCUGCUCCCUCGGAUUUGCCACGAGGCACGUCCUCAAGAUGUUCGCUGGGGGCGAUCCUGAGUUGUUUGACUCCUUCAGAGCGAGGUUUUCCAAGCCUGUGGUGCCUGGACAGACUCUGAGGACUGACAUGUGGAGGGAUGGGAACAGAAUUCACUUCCAGUGUGUUGUGGUUGAUACCAACAAUCUGGUCGUCACUAAUGCUUAUGUCGAUCUCAAGAAGGUAAAGAUUGGGACGAAGGCCAAGCUAUAAAAGUCCUCUCGUUUUACUAUUUCCGAACUGAAGUCCUUCAAUGAUUUAGUUUUAUCAUUCCAAUGAGGUAUUUAAUAUUAUAUGGGGCGUGGGGGAAACUUUGUUAAUGAUGGAUUAAUAAUCUUUAUAAAAUCAUUUUAUAUUGUUGAA